CAUCACCGGAAAUCGAACACCAAAGUGAAAGCGACUAGAGAUGAUUCGUGAAUGGUUUCUAUUUACCUGGCAUUUCUUUGCUGUCCUCUAAUUGAGACGACAAAAAAGUAAAAUCAACACGUUAUAAUGCGGAGUAGAUUUUUAGAACUAUUGCUACUUAUUUUUCUCGAAGGAUUGCGAUUUUAUUCAGUGUUUUCGGCCAAUUCUGUAGAUGGGGCAGGUGCUCCAAAGUCUUAUGACUUACCAGCAAAUUGUGGUCAAAAGUUUUCAAUUCAGCCUAAAUCAGAGUUGACAUUAUAUCUAACAAGGACAUCGCGUUCAUGGCGAUAUAUAAUCUUCCAAGCCCAUUCCUUAUAUAGAAACAAUUUGGUCUCUAAGGAUGCAGGAUUUUCUCAUGAGACCACAGACUUUGGACAAAAUGCAGCAGUCCUCUUGGAGCUACCAUACAUGGGCCAGGGAGUGGCUUAUUGCCCAUUCUAUGUGAAGUCAAAUUUUACAGAAACCUAUAACCUAGAUGUGAUAUCAGUGCCGUAUGAUGAUGGAGUGCCAUUCCCUGGAGGUUGUUGCCUAACAUGUAACAUGGAUGUUGACCCAAAUAUAAAACUAAAAUACACAUCAGCAAAAACCACCUUGACAUUCUCAUUUGCAAAUGUUUUCUUCAGAAGAAAUGAUAAAGAGCCUCCCUGUGAUGGGAAUACACACCCUAACAUGAACCCUUAUCAUUUCCGUCUCAAGUAUGACAUUUAUCAGAUGUUUCUUCCUGAGGGAGACUUAUCAGAAGAUUCCCUCUUUAGUUAUAUGGAGAAAAUGGCCUAUCCUAAUGUCAUUAAAACAUAUGGAACAAAGGUUUCCAGUCUCCAAGCACCCUCCCUACCCCUAGUGUCCUUUGACACAUUGUUAGGACAAGGGGUCAUUUACAAUAUCAUAGUUCAUGACCCAACCACCAACAAGGAGGCAGCUUACUCUCCUGUGCACACCUAUGGAUGCAGUUUUACCUCAAAGAUUGACGGCUGCAAGUCAAUAGUUUCUACUGUCAAUAAGGUGUUUGCUGUCCUUGGAGCAGCUGUUGGUCUUGUCAUGUGUUUCUGUGGUCAUAGAUUAUUUAAGCUAUCCCUCUUUCUUGGUGGCUUGGUAAACUUUGGCUUCAUCUUUUUUUUAAUACUUGCAGAGAUGACUUCUAUAACACACUUAGGUCUUAUGCUUUUGAGUGCUGGUAUUGGAGUAUUCUUUGGAUUGGCAGUGUUCACGCUGUGGUGGUUUACAGAAUACACACGAUGCUGUUUGCUCACUAAUGCUCUAUUUCUUGGAUUUAUUUGUGCUGGCUGUGUCUUGUUUAGCCCUUUAGGCGAAUCAGACAUAUGGCAAAGCGACUUUGACUAUGGGAUGGUCAUUGUGUGUAUUACUGUUGUUAUCCCGUUUCUUUUGCUUCCAUGGCCAAAAGUGUUGAGUAUUGUGUAUACAUCAACCUUGUCAGCUUAUGGAGUGAUUUUAGGCAUGGAUGUGUUUUUGCAUACCAGUCUCUCAUACAUUCUGCUCAACAUUGUCAUACGUGCAAUUGAAACAGACUACAGCAAUGUCAUUGUGCGAAGGCCGUUCCAAACAAACGACAUCGUCCUGGCCUGUUGCUGGGGUUUCUUGGCAUUGUGUGGAAUAGCAAGCCAGUUUUAUACAAACAGGAACCGCCUUGAUUUCCCGAAAAGUGGCUACUUAGAAAUGAAACGGGUGAAGCGAUAUUAUGACAGAGAUAAAAUAGACGAAAGAACGCCAAUACUUAUUAACACCCAGGGAUUCACGAACAAUGAAAUCUGCUGAAAUGACAAAUAUACAAUAGUUUUGUGCUAUACACUAGGGAUUUGUAAAAUGACCUCUGGUUGAUAGCUUCUAACAUGCUUUUUUACUGUGCAUACGCUCUGCCAGAGAUGGGAUAUCUGUAAUCUGCCCCCUCCCUAAUAUUAAUAAUAUUAAUAUAUAUAUAUAUAUAUAUAUAUACCACGAAACAGACCUGUAGGGAAACCUAUGUAGUUUGUAUUUUUCUCAAACCAACACUAUAUAUAUAUAUAUAUAUAUAUAUAUAUAUAUAUAUAUACAGUUGUUAAAAAAAAAAAUGUUGACCCAACCAGAAAUACAUAUAUAUAGAUACCUUUUUUCUUUCCAUCAAAUUUUGACAGCUAAAAAUAUGGUACAAUAUGGUAAUAUAUAUAUAAAUCAGCAAUGAACGACUCAGUUCAUCCAGGUAAAUUAGUUUAAUACAGUUCUGUUUCGUUGUUCCACUCCUCAGUUAAACUACCGUUUCAUCUCUACAAGCCUGUUUCGUGGUUGCCCACUCAUCAGGAGAUUUAUUAAGAAUAUAUUACUACCAUCACUUAUAUACUAUCUAUGUAUAAGAUUAACAUAAAAAUAGGGCGCGAAAUUUGAAUGGCUGUUAUGAUGAAAUUGAUUAGUUCAGCUGUUGCAUAACAAGGCUUUGUUCCUGUGGCGGCACGAAGACACUAGCUCGUUACGCUUGUUUAAAGUUGAUAGCUUGGGUUAGCGGAUAAUGUUAAGCUUUUCUUUGAGGCAGAGAUUACAUCUUUUGCUAGAGCUGUUGUUAACAACUAUAUAUAUAUAUUUUUUUUAAUAUUAGGGAGGGGCACACUUGCACUUGCGUGGUAGGAUGAAGUUUAACAAAGAAUUCCCAUUUCUCACACGGCAUGCUAAGAUUACCGGGCGAUGUACAAGAUUACCUGCAUAGUUAAAGACCACAGAUAAUCCUACCCUGAGCACCAUAGGCUCCAAGCUCACCCACAAAGCGGCGACAACGAGGGCUUCUCGUAGCCGAAACCGCCGCUAACACAAACUAGCGAAGCCUCGGGUCAAAGUGAUCCCGUGUAGCCACAGCUUUACCUUCUUAUGAAUGAAAUUGCCAUGUACAGACAACAUUUGUAAAAAUCAUAUAAUAUCAAUUUAUUUUGAGAUAAACGUUUGAUUUUGCAAAAA